GAGCCAGCUUCGCGGGCGGGUGUAUGCGUGUGUUUCGGGGGAAACGCCGCUUAUUAGCCCCAGUAGGAGAUGUACAAGGGGUUCAUGCGUGUUAAGUGAACGUUGUUCUGCAUGCCUCCUCGUGUCCUUUUGUUUGAAGGAUGUUGAAGCUCUAGCGGAUGAAUAAUUGAUGCGACUUUCUCUUUAAGUAAUACAAAGCGUUACAGCUCUAGCUGUACGAACGAGCACAUAAUGCUCCACAGAACUCCAGGGCUGAUUUCUGGGACUAGCCGAUUGCUUCAGUUCCAUGUUUGCACUGGCUGACACUCGAGGGUGAAAAGCACAGCACGUAGGAACAGAAGGAGGCGGCAGUGAUUACCAGGAAUCGAGGACUAGUCAGCCCAGGGGAUCUCAGCUAGAGGCUGAGGUGGUCAGAAUGAAUCACGGACAUGGGACAAGUGGUGGUUUGGAGCACUGUAGGGAGAGGCGUCGCUCUGGAGAUCGCUCCAGAGACUCAUCCCACGAGAGAGCUGAGGGCCAGCUCACACCCUGCAUCAGAAAUGUUACCUCACCUACACAACAGCAGCUCAGUGAUCGAGAGAGGGAAGUGGGCUCAUGGCUGAGGUCAGUGAGCCCUAGGACUCAAAAAGGCUGUUCUUCUGGCUCCAUGUGUGGUGAUACCCACAGUAAACCUCAUGGAUCAGACCUGAUUUAUGUUUAUGAAACUGCUAAGGAGGGCUCACGCAGCAUCAGGACUGCAGAGAGGGUCACCCUCAUUGUAGAUAAUACACGCUUUGUUGUUGACCCUGCCAUUUUCACUGCUCAGCCCAACACCAUGCUUGGCAGAAUGUUUGGAGCUGGACGGGAGUAUAACUUCACACGACCCAACGAGAAGGGAGAGUAUGAGGUCGCAGAAGGCAUCAGCUCUACUGUAUUCAGAGCCAUUCUGGAUUACUACAAAUCGGGGAUAAUCCGCUGCCCUGAUGGGAUCUCCAUUCCUGAGCUGAGGGAGGCAUGUGACUACCUCUGCAUCUCCUUCGACUACAGCACCAUCAAGUGCAGGGACCUGAGUGCACUAAUGCAUGAGCUCUCCAAUGAUGGUGCACGACAGCAGUUCGAAUCCUACCUGGAGGAAAUGGUGCUGCCGCUGAUGGUGGCCAGCGCCCAGAGUGGAGAGAGGGAGUGCCAUGUAGUUGUGCUGACUGAUGAUGAUGUUGUGGACUGGGACGAAGAAUACCCACCACAAAUGGGCGAGGAGUACUCCCAGAUUAUCUACAGCACAAAACUGUAUCGGUUCUUUAAGUACAUUGAGAAUCGAGAUGUUGCCAAGUCAGUCUUGAAGGAGAGAGGACUGAAGAAAAUCAGAUUAGGCAUUGAAGGCUAUCCAACCUACAAAGAGAAAGUUAAGAAACGUCCCGGUGGCCGGCCCGAGGUAAUCUACAACUAUGUGCAGAGGCCAUUCAUUCGCAUGUCCUGGGAAAAGGAGGAGGGCAAGAGUCGCCAUGUGGACUUUCAGUGCGUCAAGAGCAAAUCCAUCACCAACCUGGCGGCCGCCGCUGCAGACAUCCCUCAGGAUCAGUUGGUCGUCAUGCAUCCCGGGCCUCAGGUGGACGAACUAGACAUCCUCCCCAGCCACCAGCCUCAGCCCAGCCACCACUAUGAGCCUGAUCCAGAUGCACCGUCCCCAGCCGUCUGACGCACUCCCACCAUCCAGUUCCACCCCUGCACACGCAAAUCACUGCAGUGAGGGGCUAGGCAGCAAAAACCACGUUGCCUUUUGUGACCGUCUCUUUCUGCCUUAUGAGCCUCAGAGACCAGCCUUCUGCCCCAGCAGUGAGCACAUAUAAUGUUUUGCAGUGUUUUUAAAGAGAGAAAGACAUUUUGGUUGUAAUAGAACGAAAACCCCUAUCCACCUUGUGGUAAUCAGUCAGUCACUUGAUGUUUUUUAAAGAGAAACUCCACUUUAAUUAAUGAUGGUUAUCCUGAUCAUGACUGAUGUUUAACACAGAGAACUACUAAAGCUAGAUUGAUGUUUUUGUAAAAAAGAAAAAAAAAUGCAAGCCUAUAUGGUACAUAAACAGAAAAAAGAAAGCACCAGAAUGUCAAGUUGUCUUAAAAGUAUAUAGUAUUGUGCAAUCUUUUGUAGUCUGAUAUAGCAAUAGUCUGUACAUUUCUUAUUCCCUACAAAGUGGGCUGUUGAGUUAAUGCAGUGAUUCUCAGUCUUCCAGUCAAAACACAAAGGUCUGGGGCUAAGCCCAAGAUUACCAUCAGUAACUGCUGUCUUAGCGUUGUGACAAUUAGUGCUCAACCAGAUGAAAUGUGUGUGCGAUCCAGCACUGUCUUAGGAUAGAAGCGCUUGAUUUUAUUUUUACGUUUGUUUUGCUGUGUCACUGUUGUUGGAAGCCUGAGCCACUCUCAUAGAGCACCUGUGGAGUCUCACUGUGAUGCAUGGCCUAUGAGUAAAGUACACAAGUGAUGUCACAACCUUUACAUGUUAUGUUUCUAUUUCUUUGUUUUUAUUUGUAGCUGCAGUGGGGUACCACUGCUCCAAAGAUGACUUUGUCCAGAGUAGUGUUUGUUGUUUUAUAGCUUUAAAAAUGUUUAUUUUAAUAAAGGUAUUUAAAUUGUA